AUGGGUGAAGAAGUACAUUAUCGUGGAACGCUUGACGGACAUAGUGAUUGGGUUACCCAACUUGCAACAAAUGCUCAACAUCCCGAACUUCUGCUUUCGUCAUCCCGAGGUAUGUUUAUUUGUUUGCGUUUAUUCGUAGAUAAAACCCUAAUAAUAUGGGAGCUUCAGGGCCAGCAGGGUAAAUUUGGUGUUGCCAAACAUGCUCUUCGCGGUCACAACCACUUUGUCAGUGAUGUUGUCAUGUCAUCUGACGGUCAAUUUGCCAUUUCUGGCUCCUGGGACAAGACCCUUCGUUUGUGGAAUUUGACCACUGGCCAAACUGCCACGCGCUUCACCGGCCAUAAUGGAGACGUUCUCAGCGUCGCUUUCAGCGCUGACAACCGUCAGAUCGUUUCUGGUUCCCGCGAUAGAACUGCCAAACUUUGGAAUACCCUCGGUGUGUGCAAAUACACCUUCGACAAUGAAGGCCAUACUGAUUGGGUUUCUUGUGUCCGUUUCUCUCCCAAUAUGGAAACUCCACUCAUAGUUAGCUGUGGUUGGGAUAAAGUGGUUAAGGUGUGGAAUCAGCGCAACUGCAAGCUGAAGACUGACCAUUUUGGACAUACUGGUUACCUUAACAAUGUCACUAUCUCUCCCGAUGGUACCCUCUGCGCUAGCGGUGGAAAGGAUGAACAGGCGAUGCUGUGGGAUCUGGCUGCCAGCAAAUACCUAUACACCCUCCCCGGUGGGGCUGAGAUUAACGCCCUCUGCUUCUCCCCCACUCGCUACUGGCUUUGUGCUGCUGCCGGCCCCUCUAUUAAGAUCUGGAAUUUGGAGGACAAGGUAUUGGUGGAGGAUCUCCGCGUAGAACCCGCCAUCAACACGGAGUCAAAGAAGAAACCCAAGCUUCCUGUCUGCACAUGCCUCGCAUGGUCAGCUGACGGAUCUACCCUCUUUGCUGGCUACACUGAUAAUCGUAUCCACGUUUGGCAAUUUAUGCACACUGCUGAAUAA